GAUCCUGGAGCACGUGUCUGGAGGAGAACUGUUCGACUACCUGGUGAAGAAGGGACGGCUGACUCCGAAGGAAGCCAGGAAGUUCUUCCGUCAGAUCAUCUCCGCCAUCGACUUCUGCCACAAACACAACAUCUGUCACCGUGAUCUGAAGCCUGAGAAUCUGCUGCUCGAUGAGAAGAACAACAUUAAGAUUGCGGACUUCGGCAUGGCUUCACUGCAGAUGGAGGGAUCGUUCCUCGAGACCAGCUGUGGCUCGCCGCACUACGCCUGCCCCGAGGUCAUCCGCGGAGACAAGUACGAUGGACGCAAGGCAGACGUGUGGAGCUGUGGCGUGAUCCUCUACGCACUGCUAGUGGGUGCGCUGCCGUUCGACGACGACAACCUGCGGAACUUGCUGGAGAAGGUGAAGAAGGGCGUGUUCCACAUUCCUCACUUUGUUCCGCCGGAUUGUCAGAACCUGCUGCGCGGCAUGAUCGAUGUCGACCCGGAGAAACGACUCACGAUUGAUCAAAUCAACCGACAUUCCUGGGUGAUGGCAUGCAUCUGUUUCAGGCACACGACCGAAAAAGUGAUAUAUUUCUUACUGCUUGACCGUAAAACAAGGAAACCCAGCUACGAGGAUGAGGAGGAGGCAAUCAUAAAGAGUCGCUGCCCGGAGACGGACCCGCCGCGUAAGCGCAUCGACUCUCCCGUGCGCACGGUGAACGGACGCUCGCCGAGUCGUUGCCACGGUUACGAGCUGAGUGACGGCUCGCCGGUGGUUACGCGACGCACGUACGCGGGGCGCACAAGCUCAGGCUGCAGUUACCAGCAGUACCAGCAGCACCAUUCACGCCAACACUCGCCACACCACUACCACCAAUCGAGGUCACGCAGCUCGCCUCGCAGUCUCAACAGCAGCCCGAUGCCGUCGCCUCAGCCGAGCCCCAAGCACCCGCCGGGUACGGUGGCGCUCUCAUGCGACGAUGCCGCCGCCGCGGGGGGACUGCUGGCGCCCCCUGGCUCGCCGAGCUCGCAGGCGUGGAAGACGCGGCUGACGUCGACGCUGAAGAACAGCCUUCUGGGAAGUCCGCGGUUCCAUCGACGGAAGAUGCAAGCGCCGACACCAUCGGAGGAAGCUCAGCUAAACCUCACGCCAGAGUCUUCUCCUGAUGAGCUGAGCGUUAAUCUGUGUUUGUGGGUUACGUCUUCUUUGCAGGCAGACCUUGUACAUGCCUUCCUCUCUACGCCCGACCUCACACACAGCGUGACGUCACCGAUGUCGUUCCGGGUCGAGUAUCGCCGCGGGUCAAGCUCCGUGUUCCAGCGAAACGUCCGCUUCCAGGUGGACAUCUCGCGACCCGACCCCGCCGUCGCCGCGGCAACGACGACGGCCGCACCGCCCGCUGACCACAGCUUCACCGUCAACUUCACCCUUAUACAAGGAGAUCUCUAA